AAUCAUCUUUCUCGCGUGCAAAGAACGUUGGUAACACUAUAAUGGCACAAACAUUCUACGUGCGGAAUCCUUAUCCUGUGCCAGAUGUCACCCGGGAGGGAGCGUGGAUAUCACGUGGACCCGUGUUGGGAGAUAAAGUCUCGCCGUCGGAUAGAGACUGGAACGUCAAGUUGAGCGCUCACGAGCGUCUCUUUGCUCACCAUACCCUGAACAGCAUCCGCAGGGAUCGUCGAUUCAUCAGACCGCAGGUUCCAGAUGACGCUCUCGAUUUAGCGUUAAAUAGCGUCUACACUCACAGUCGAGACAGUCUGGUGUCAAAGAUGUACGUGCCUAUGCAGCCGGAAACACUCGGCAAAGAAACUUGGCGUGUCAUGCGAAACGAAAUCAAGAUUUUUCCGGAACCACCUAAACCAGAUAGACCGAUGCACGUGAGCGGUCAUUCGGACGAGGAACUUAAAUCGAUCGUUCGGAUACCUUUAUCGGUGGAUAAAUCGAGGUGUCAUAGUGGGCCAACUUUACCGCGGAGAAUUCAUCCGAGCAGCGUGAAAUUAAAUAUCGAAGGUCCUCAUAUGGACCAAUCGAAUCCCGGAUACAGUCGCAAAAUCGACGGAACUUUUUACAGUAUUUAAACACGGAUUUAGAUAGUGUUUGAGCGGCACGCUUGGAGAACGUUCGGAUUAAGCUGAAAUCUGGUAUUCGCCGAAUAAAGUCCUCGCUUUUACAAAUACCAUUAUCGCUAUUGGCAUAAUCUGUCGAGAUUUGUGCUUUGAAAUGCUUCGAAAAGUAGCAAAUCGUCAAUGUAACGCUCAAGACUCAUGUAUCACGAAGUAUGUAAUUAACCGCAUCGAUUGUUGCAAUUACUUCCCGUGUCCAAAUGAUGCGAUUAUCCUAUUCACGCUUAUCUGAUCGUGUUGACAAAUUUACUCAGUGCUUCACGAAUCUGCUUUGGCUAUCGCUACCAAAGAUCUCCCGGCUGCCAGUCGCCCCUUUGACAGUCCGAUGCUGCACAGGCAGCCCAAAGAUCGACAAAACGAGUAGACAGAGGCGUGAGUCAGUGCGCACCAAGUUUCUCACUACUCGGCUCGCCUCGACUCGACAGUGAGCCGAAGGGACAGAAUGUCCCAUUACCCGGGUAAUCCUUGUUUGUAAUAAACCAGCGCCCCGCUGCCAGUGGGAUGACAGCGGAGCCACCCUUGCCGAGGGCCCGCGCGGAGGAGGAGCCAUCUCCGUACGCAUAUGCUCCUCAUGGAAUAUCAUUUAUGCUUCUCACCCCGCGCGCAGACGUCUAUCUUGCGACCCGUUUGACCCGGCUGGCAACCCUCCGACAUCCCUCUCUCUGUCAGACACAUAGAGUAGGCAGCACACGAUAUCCUUAUACAUACGUCUAAUCCGGCCAUGAUUGCCCCGCCAACCGCCUCGAAAACUCUACCUCGACUAUGAACGUAGCAUGUCACCCUUCCUAUCUCUGUGUAUGUGACCCCAUUCUCCUAGCUUCUUUAAAACACUUUGUGACAAACCUCGCGACAUGAUGAAUUUCGUGCAGGUUUCGCUUUCCUUCGCUUAUUCUUUGUAUUAAAAACU